AUGGCGGGCGACCUGACCUUCGGGGUUCUGGUCAAGAAGCAGUUCACUGCUCAGAAGUUGACCUUUCAUUUCCUUUUCUGGACAUUUCACUUUGGCAUUUUCGCCUAUGGAUGGUGGAAGCAGGCAAACGACGCUAGGCUGGCUGGUCUGAACACUCUGCAGUACUCGGUCUGGAUAUCAAGAGGUGCCGGUUUGGUUCUCAGUGUCGACGGAAUGCUUAUCCUGCUUCCGGUCUGCCGAACGGUCAUGCGAUGGAUCCGACCUAAGCUUCGCUUUCUCCCACUCGAUGAAAACCUCUGGUUGCACAGGCAGCUAGCGUACUCUAUGCUCGGCUUCACCAUCUUGCACACCUCUGCUCACUACAUCAACUUCUUCAACGUCGAGAGAACGCAAAUUCGUCCAGUCACGGCUAUCCAGAUUCAUUACACCCAGGCAGGCGGUGUGACCGGCCAUGUCAUGCUGUUCUGCAUGCUUCUGAUGUACACCACUGCACAUGCCCGCAUUCGCCAGCAAUCAUUCGAGACGUUCUGGUACACUCACCACCUCUUCAUUCCCUUCUUUCUGGGACUAUACACCCACACCACUGGCUGUUUCGUGCGUGACACCGCCUUACCGUACUCUCCAUUUGCCGGAAAGGACUACUGGGACCACUGCAUUGGCUAUCUCGGCUGGAGAUGGGAGCUUUGGACUGGAGCUUUCUACCUGAUGGAGCGUACAUACCGUGAGGUCCGUGCCCGCCGCCGCACUAAGAUCACCCGUGUUGUUCGCCACCCAUACGAUGUCGUUGAGCUGCAGUUCAACAAGCCUUCGUUCAAGUACAAGGCUGGCCAGUGGCUCUUCCUCCAAGUGCCGUCCCUCUCCAACUAUCAAUGGCAUCCCUUCACCAUUACCUCAUGCCCGUUCGAUCCUUAUAUCUCGGUUCACGUCCGCCAGGUCGGCGACUUCACUCGGGCUCUUGGUGACGCUGUUGGUGCUGGUUCGGCCCAGGCAAAGCUUUACGACGGCGUUGACCCCAUGGGAAUGUAUGAGGUUGCUCUGCAGAACGGCCAGCAAAUGCCUGACCUCCGUAUUGAUGGUCCGUACGGUGCUCCCGCCGAAGACGUUUUCGAAAACGAAAUUGCCGUCCUCAUUGGUACUGGCAUUGGCGUCACUCCCUGGGCUUCUAUUCUCAAGAAUAUCUGGCAUCUGCGCAAUAGCCCGAACCCUCCAACCCGUCUUCGCCGUGUCGAGUUUAUCUGGGUCUGCAAGGACACCGGCUCCUUUGAAUGGUUCCAGACUCUGCUGUCAUCGCUCGAAGAGCAGUCCAACGAGGCAGCUCGUGUUCCUGGCAGUUCUGGUGUUGAGUUCUUGAAGAUUCACACCUAUCUUACCCAAAAGUUAGACAUGGACACAACCCAGAACAUUGUGCUCAACUCGGUUGGAUCCGACUACGACCCCCUGACUGAGCUCAAGUCCCGCACAAACUUUGGCAGACCCAACUUCUCCAAGCUUUUCACGACCAUGCGUGAUGGUAUUUUGGACAGAACAUACCUUAACGGCUUGGAAGGCAGCAUGCGCACGACUGUCGGUGUCUACUUUUGCGGUCCCUCGGUAGCUGCUCGCGACAUCAAGCAGGCUUGCAAGGAUGCCGAUGUUCGAGAGGUCAACUUCAGAUUCUGGAAGGAACACUUUUAA